CUCUUUCUUCUCUGGCAUUUCUUGCAACGCACGAAUUGUUCCUAGUAUGCCACCGCUGCCUCCUCCACUGUGGCAUUCGUGCCCACUUGCCUACCAUCCCUUGUCAAGAGCAGUCUGUGUAGCAGAAACUCUCCUCAGCGAACCAGAACCGCCUAUACAGCGCACCAAACCGCCUACUUUGAACUCCGACCUCUUCCUCAUCCCCGAAUUGGCUAUAAUAGAUGCAAGCACAGAGGCGCCUUCUGCACCCCAUCCUUAAUUGUGCAUCAAGUAAUCACUUUUCGACUGAGCCGCAUCUAAGCCGUAUAGAACAGGCGCUCACAAGCAAAAAAGCCAUUUGUUAAGCCAGCGUGCAUCUGGCGCUCUGCAGUUUGCAAGUUAGAAAUUCUGGGGCGUAUCAAUUUUCAGCCUCGCUGGUUCCUUGGGAUGAAGUGGCUUUGGCGUGAUGGCCACUUCCAACUGUCGACGGUCCAAACAACCGUCCAGCUGGCUCUUAAAACAAUCGUGGGUUGCUGUUUUCACGAGCAUAGCCACCAUAUAGCGCCU